CUAUCGAGCUUACCUAUAAAGAUACCUAGGCCAUUUUGAUUUAUUAGUUUGUGCAAUUUACCAUUAAAAUAUGCUUGGAAAUAAUACGAAUGAAAGCCAAAAGUACUCAUAUUUGCCUAAUUCGCCCCCAGCUGAGCCUAAGAGAAGAAGAUGGGAUGCUUUCAAUGACCCUCCGGUUGAAGUACUGCAAGGUUCAGCGGAGGAAACUAAAAUUUCAGAUGGGCUUGUCAAAGUAGCUAAGAUAGCUGCAUAUCUGGUGACCUUUAUCGUGGUUUUGGGUGCGGCUACUAUAUCAAAAGGAACUUUAUUAUUUAUGACAUCGCAAAUUGGGCAAAAUACAACCAAGAUGUACUGCAAUGAACUAAUCGAUAGGAACAGACAGUUUGUGGUCCAACUUCCCCAAAUCGAACGGACGGUUUGGAUGUGGAUGCUAAUAUUUGCAUACUUUGUACCCGAAUUGUUGACGUUUCUGAGAUCUCUACGUAUGUCUAUUUUUAAAAGAUGGGACAUGCCAACAUCGGCGGAAAGUUGGUCAUUAGUUGCAACAGAAUCUUUACCUCCCAUCGGAAGUGCCUUACUAGUAUUCGUCAUACUCCCUGAGCUAGACGUACUCAAAGGAGUUAUGCUUACAAACGCAAUCUGCUUUGUACCCGCAGUUGUUGCAUUUUUUUCGCGAACGCCUCAUGAAAAGAGUAACGUUGUAAAGAUAUCUUUUGAUGUUAUCAGUAUUAUAGCACAAGGGUCUGCACUAGUCAUUUGGCCUAUGAUCGAAAAAGAGCCCACAAUGUGGAUGAUACCGAUAACAGUGCUACUUAUUUCAGCGGGUUGGUGGGAAAACUUCGUUUCAGAAGGUUCCCCCAUCAAGUUCAUCAAAAAACUAGGCAAAUCAAAGAAAAAAUUUAACAAUAGCCGAUACUUUCUGUACAGUUUUAUUUCCAUAUGGAAAUGUAUAUUAUUUUUUGUCACGACCAUAGCCAUAAUUUCAGUCCGGGAAGGAUCUGUUGAUUUCAUGUUCGAAAAUUUUGCCGAUGCAUUUAGCAGUCACGCAAUAAACGCAACUGAGAUAAAACCAUUAAUUGGGGGUGAAGGAGGAAUGUUCGAAACUGCUAACCAUAGCCCAAUAAUGUCCAACAGCCUAACGCCAAUAUGGGUAUUUCUAAUUAACGCUACCUCCACUUACAUCUGUUACAUAUUUGGAAAAUUCGCCUGCAAAAUCCUAAUCCAAGGUUUCAGUUUCGCAUUUCCCGUAAAUUUAACCGUUCCAACAACAGUCGCGAUCCUGGUAGCACUCUGCGGGGUGCACAACGGAAACCCAUGCGCUUUUAGCACCGCGAUUCCCCCGUACUUAUUUUUUAGCAGUCCCCCAUUCUACUUCUUGGAAAAUUUCAUUAGGAGUCAACACGUCUGGGUUUGGUUACUAUGGUUACUGUCACAAAUAUGGAUCACGAUUCACAUUUGGCAACCGCGAUGUGAGAAAUUAGCAAAAACCGAAAGACUAUACGUAAGGCCGAUGUUUGACGCGUUUUUGAUUGAUCAGUCGCUAGCUCUCAACAGAAGAAGAGAUGAUCUGCCGGAAAAGCUCGACGAAAAUGACGGCGACGAGGGUGAAACUUUCGAAGUAAACACGCCGCCGAUGCGAAAUAAUUCCUCAUACGACUGUUCUGUAACCCGAAUUUACGCCUGCGGUACCAUGUGGCACGAAAAGUUCGAGGAAAUGGUGGAAUUCUUAAAAUCGGUGAUCAGGCUCGAUGAGGACCAACGGGCGAGGCGUUUAGUAAGAGACGAGUUGGGAUUUGAAAUGCCGGAUUACUACGAGCUGGAAACUCAUAUCUACUUCGAUGACGCAUUUGUGAGACUGCAUGAAAAGGACAACAAUCCAAAACUAAACCAGUACGUCAAGAACUUAGUGUUAGCAGUCGACGAAGCUACGUCCAAAGUACAUCAAAUCGCUAAUAUGAAGCUUGGAGAUCCUACAAAGUACGUUACUCCUUACGGGGGCAGAUUAGUCUGGACGCUCCCUGGGAAGACUCUUCUAAUUGCACAUUUGAAGGAUUCGAAAAAAAUACGUCAGAAGAAACGUUGGUCCCAAGUUAUGUACAUGUACUACCUCUUGGGUCAUAGAUUAAUGCAACGAAACGACUUAUCGCCCAAACAGAAGGAUUUAAUAUCAGAAAAUACGUACAUUCUGGCUUUAGAUGGGGACAUAGACUUUCAGCCACACGCCGUGCAUUUACUCGUGGAUUUAAUGAAAAAGGCCAAGGAUUUAGGUGCGGCCUGCGGUCGAAUCCAUCCCUUAGGAUACGGACCUCUGGUAUGGUACCAGAUGUUCGAGUACGCAAUCGGGCAUUGGCUGCAGAAGGCGGCGGAACAUACGAUCGGUUGCGUUUUAUGUAGCCCCGGCUGUUUUUCCUUGUUCCGAGCGAAGGCCCUAAUGGAAAACGGCGUGAUGCGCCGAUACGCGUCGCAAGCCAAACUCGCGCGCCACUUCGUGCAGUACGAUUUGGGAGAAGAUCGGUGGCUUUGCACUCUGCUCUUACAGAAUGGGUAUCGUGUGGAGUAUUCGGCUGCUUCAGAUUCAUACACGCAUUGCCCUGAAGGUUUCAAGGAGUUUUAUAACCAGCGCAGGAGGUGGAUGCCCUCCACUACCGCUAAUGUUAUCGACUUACUAAUGAACUGUGAGAGAACUAUAAAAAUUAAUGACAGCAUUUCAAGACCAUACAUCACGUACCAAGUACGCAACCAAUUACGCGUCCAGCCUUUUCAUUUGAUUUUUUCAGAUAAUACUACUUAUAGGCACAGUUUUAGGCCCAGGCACUAUAUUUUUAAUGUUAGUUGGCGCAUUUGUAACAGUAUUUCAAAUUGGUCAAUGGACCAGCUUUUUAUGGAACGCAAUUCCCAUUUUAAUCUUUGUUGCCGUUUGCAUGCUCUUCAAAGCAGAUGUUCAGUACUCGCGGGUAUUAUUAGCGCAAUUUAUGGUUUAGUUAUGAUGGCCGUAUUAAUUGGUGUGUUACUACAAAUUAAUGCCGAUGGCCCUUUAGCACCUUCAUCGCUAUUCUUCUUCUGCGUCGCUGGAGAACUAAUUCUAACUGCCUUUUUACAUCCCAAGGAAUGGACUUGCCUAAGAUACGGUUUGGUGUACUACGUCACGGUUCCCAGUAUGUACAUGUUGCUGGUGAUUUACUCGAUCUUCAACCUAAACAACAUUUCAUGGGGUACCAGAGAACUUACAGUAGUGCCGGAAACGGUCCCAGAGACAAAAACGGAACCAAAAUCGAAAGGGAGGCGCUUCUCUUUCAUUUCAGGUGAGAAGCAAGAAGACGCGGGAGCGUUCGAGCUGAGCAUCGGAGGUGUAUUUAGGUGUCUAUUCUGCACUCACUCUAAGAAAGACGAAGAUAACGCAAAGUUGACUGAGAUAAGCGAAAGUUUGAAAGCAUUGACAGCCAAACUGGACGCACUCGAAGUAACGCUGCAGAAGAUGGAUGAGGAUCAGGAAAUUCAGCCCUCCGUACCGGAAUUAAGCUCACCAUCUCCCGAAAAGGAUAACACAAUGGUGGCGGAUUUAGAUGUGGAGGAAACCGAAGACCAUCAGUGGUUAGAACAAGACGGAUUAGGGCAUGGAGAUUGUGCUCCACUGGAACCAAGGGAGAGAAUGUUCUUCCAAGAGUUGAUAUCCAAGUAUCUAUAUAGAAUUAAAGAGAACAAAGCACAGCUCGACAAGGAUUUAACAGAUUUGCGUGAUAAAACGGUUAUGGCAUUCUUUAUGGUCAACGCCUUAUUCGUGCUUGUUGUAUUCCUGUUGACUUUAAAGAAAGACUUUUUGCAUGUCAAUUGGCCCUUGGGCGCAAAGUACAACUUUACUUACAAUGGAGAUAGAAGAGACAUACAAUUAUCCAAGACCCCGCUCCAACUCGAACCCAUCGGUUUUGUGUUUCUCGCAUUUUUCGCGUCACUUCUCGUUGUACAAUUUAUAGCAAUGCUGUUCCAUAGAUUUUCCACGUUUGCACAGAUUUUGUCCAACACACACAUCAGCUGGAGAGCGUGUACAAAAAUCGACACAAACAAUUUGACCGCGGACGAAAUUUUGGCAAGAAAUCCGGUAAAGGUGGUAAAGUGGUUUAUGAAGAUAAACGGCGCGGACGACGAUGAAGAGGAUGAACGGGAAACUGAGGUUGCUGGAAGACGGAAAACCGUUCAGCAACUUGCCGAACAACCGACACAAAAGCAAUUGGUCGCCGACUUUUUUGACGCAUUCGAAUUGCGCAAAAAUAGAUAUUUAAAAAGCACAAAUCCCCAAGGAGCCGCUAGAAAAUCGUUGGCCGAUGCAAUCUUGAGGCGACAAAGUAAAAUGCGGGGGAGACAAUCAACGAUGAAUGGACAAAUUCAACUUGAAGGCGGUUAUACUAACGAAGGGUUUCUUGCAUAAGUCGCUCUAAAGUAAUCUUAAUAAUUUGCGUGUAAUCAAGAUAUAAUAAUUAUAAUUUACCGUAUGAAGAUACUGUAUUGUAUAGGAAUAAAAGAGAA